AUGUCUACGACCCAUCUUCGCCAGUCGAGUAUUGACCUCGACUCAGUCGAUCGACCGUUUGACAACAUUAUCAAUUUCCGAGAUGUUGGCCAAACCAUCAACCAUUUGCUUGGUAGACGAGUAGUGAAGGAGGGCCUUCUGUUCCGGAGUGCCAGGUUAGAUGAUGCCUCCGAGCGCGACAAGCGUCGUCUCAUCGACGAGUACCAUAUCGCCACGAUCAUUGACCUUCGUUCCAGCACCGAACACCACAUGGCCACAAGUAAACGUCUUUCGGACACCGCCGCCGCCGCUCCCACCACGACUCCCAAUAAUUCAGACAACAUUCACCUCAUCGACCUACCACAUACCCAACGCAGACUGAUCAGUCUCACUGGUAAAGCUUUUGAACGGACCUUACUUUGGCGUCUUGAUUGGUGGAAUCUUCUCAAAGUCAUUGCUUUCGCAGCAUCAGGCUACCGAAACGAUGCCGUCAUCAUCGUAGGCCAGCAGGUCAUGUCUCCCCGUGGCCUCAUCGGGCUCGGCAUCGAUACACUCGAUAGUAGCGUCAGCGAGAUGCGGGAGAUUUUCGAAGUAUUUGCCGGUGGCGACGCACAACGCGAAUCGAAGCAAAGUACAACCAGCAAUGGUGGCGGCAGCACGGAUCCUUCGACUACAUUCAUCUCACCACCCUAUCCUUAUCCCGUUAUCGUCCACUGCACCCAGGGCAAGGACCGCACAGGACUGAUCAUUCUGCUUCUUCUGCUUCUGACAGGUGCUGUACCCCAAGACGCCAUUCGGGCCGAUUAUGUUCUCUCCGAGGGAGAAUUGGUCAUCGAGGUGGCGGAGCGGAUGAAGGAGAUUCGGCUGCUGGGGCUGUCGGAGGAUUAUACCAAGUGUCCCGAGGGGUUUACGGCGCAGAUCUGCGCGCAUCUUGAAGCUAAAUAUGGGGGUGUCGAGGGGUAUUUGAAGCAGGCCGGGGUGGAUGAGGAAAUGUUGGAGCGGGUCAAGAAGAAUUUACUUGCAUGA